UAUUGCCUAGAAGAUUCGGCGACGCUCCUGAUAUCAACAAAAGACGUCACAGGGUCUAACAGCGAGUCCGACACAGUUUCCGCGCUGACAGGGAGCCUUUGACAACGUUUGUGAUACAGGGGUCUUUACGUUAUCGUAUCACGAGCGACCGGCUGACUGACUGCCGGCUUAUUUAUAUAUACAAUCACCACAGUGGCGAGGUAGACCAGAAACGAGCCGGCAGAGAGGACGAACGACUGACAGCACUCGUUGCUUUACUUCGCUACCGGGUCUCACUGCUAUUGAAUACACCUUGCUUGCUGCAACGGUUAACGCAAUUCGCUCAGUGUUGUUUCCACGACCAGCUGAUUUGGUCAUUCCUCGGCGUGUUGUCAGUGCCGACGGAAGGGGACGGCGUCCAGCGUUGUCAGUGACUGACCAGCUGUGAUGACCACCAACGUGAUGUACAGCGACAUGGCCGGAAUACAAGCCCACCUCUCCCCGUCACACCUGCUGCCGAAGAUAGGAAGUGAACAACAUAAAAAACUAGAGGCAAAUUUCCGUCAGAACAGGAAUCCCUCUGACUUGGAUGUGACGUUAAUCGCUGCUGAAGUGGGAUUAGAUGAAGAACAAGUCAAGAGAUGGUUCCGACAUCGCUUGGCGUGCUGGAGACAACAGCAAGGCCUGCCAGCCAACAGCGGCUCCGUGAACGACUGACGUCACACAUGGAUCUCAAACGAGGCUACCGAAAGCUGAAAGAGUUAUCGACCUUGCACAUCGACUGCGUGUACCACGCUUGAAAACUUGUGUUGUGUAUUCAACGCUUAUUUGUUAUUGUUAUGUAUUUGUUCCAGGUAUUUACGGUUCCUUUUGGACAUUCAGGGAAAUUUAUGAGGGCUCUUUUGUCAGAUGCCAUUUUCAUUUGUAUAUAAUUCGCGACAGUUACACCGGAUAAAUGUAUCGCAUAUUGGUUAUUUAUCACCCUUGUGUUAAACCACUGUAUAUGUCUACUGUAAAAUAUAUUCAGCUAAUUUAUUGACGGAUUGUGCAGUAGGAGUGAAGUCAUAGAGGAUAAAUGUAAAUAAAAAGCAACUUCAAAGCAA